ACCGGAAUCAGCUCCAGAGAAUCGCCAAGAGCAUCACCAGCAAUGGGCCUACCUCAACAUGACAAAGCGGCAGCACAAAGUCACCUCAAACAGGGGAAAUCACGCUACGUUACGCCACACAGAGUGGGGAAAUAACGAAACGACAAUACCACGAAAGCUCGACGAUCGCUCUCACGCCCACGUCAUACCGCCAGAGCAGCCGGUGCCAAGAGAGCCGGGCGACUAUAUUAAAAGAGCCAGCAUGGAUAGAGGGAGAAGGGAAUACCGACCCUCUCACACCCGCAAGCAGAGGCCAGCAGCAGAAAGCUACAAAAUAGCAGAGCGGCAUAAAGGCUGCAAAGAAGGGAAAAGCGUGCCCUGGCACGUACUAUCCCGGGCCAGGCUCAGGAGGGAUUUUCGAACUCGCAAGUGGGACGGUUGGACCAACCAGGACUUCAAGCGGCGGACGAAGCGACCCGUUCAGCACACACGUCGCCGUAGCGCCGGCUACUGCGUAGCUCUGGUCGACAGCUCUGGCAUAUAGGCAGAAGUGAAGCUGUUUUCUGAUGCCUACACGAAGUACAUAGGAUUCGUCUUCAUGAAGUCUGGAACAAUCAAACGCUUUGCGUACUCCUCCUGUGGAGAACGGAACAUGGUGGAGCUGGAAGAAAAGCGGUCAAGAUAUUAGUCAAGACGUUAUCAGAACGAAUAUAUGAAACAAUAAUAGUAUUAAUAUCGCACCCAGUGAGGUAGACACGUCCACGUGCCGCAGCCAAAUGUGCCAAAUAUGCCGGAGCCGGAUAAGACACUGCGCGGUUGCAACGAGGAAACAUGUGACAAAGAUUGAAUGUCAAUUGCUGCAGUACAUCAAUAUCCAAGUUGCCCGUAUUCUCAAUUACGCUGUAACGCGUCGGCUUGGCCGUCCCCUGAUUCGCCUGAUGGCUGACCAU